AUGUCUUCGCCGGAAAAGACUGCCGAAGCGACGGCGGCGAGUGAGCCACAGACCGCCACAACGAAUGCGCCCUCUGUGUUGGACGACGAAUCAGCGGUUGUAGACAUUGAGAAGAGUUUCGCAGCUUGGAUAUGUGUUUUUGGAAGCUUUUUGUUCCUGAUGCCUACAUAUGGCAUGAUGCAGUCUGUCGGAACGUUCCAAUCUUACCUCGAGCUAAAUCAGCUCUCCGAUUAUUCAGCUGGUGAUAUUGGUUGGAUCCCUGGCAUGUACAUGUUUGUAUCAAUGCUUGUCGCCAUUCAAGUCGGGUCUUUUCUUGACCAGCGCGGUCCUUUCGCCAUGAGCAUUGUUGGGGGAGGCGGGAUUGUUAUUAUGUUUAUUCUGUUAGCUGAGUGCAAACAGUAUUGGCACUUUAUGCUCUGCUUUGGAAUAUUUGGUGGACUCUCAACUGCUAUCGCUGGCACUAUCCCUGUAGCAGUGGUCGCGAAGCUCUUUUCUCGGAAGCGCGGCUUCGCCAUCGGAAUUGCCCUCACGGGCUCAUCGACAGGAACAGUGAUCUUCCCCAUCAUGCUCCGAUCAUUGCUCCCAAAGCUUGGUUGGAGUUGGUCGAUGAGAAUAUUAGCCUUCGUCAUCCUCGGUAUUUUCACACUCGGAACGAUUUGCUUCAUUCCUUACCGUCGACUUGUCAAGCUCGUCAACAUGCCGAUAGCCAAGAAAGGCGGCCUAUCUCUUCUCAACUUCUCUGCCUUCCGAUCUGUGGCUUUUACGCUGGUCUGUGUUAUGUUCUUCGCUACUCAGUUCGUUCUCUACGGAAUUGGUGGCCUGUUGCCGACUUUUGCGAUUCAGGCUGGUUUGACAGCCGAAACUGGCUAUACGCUCGUCUCUAUCAUCGGCGGUGCUUCGGCUUUCGGUCGUGUUAUACCCGGUUUGAUCGGUGACAAGUUAGGUCAUUACAAUGUCUUGAUAUUCAUGAUGGCUUUGACGUUGGUCUUUAUGGGGACAUUAUUUGUGCCAUUUGGCGACAGCAGUGUCGUGUUAUACGUGUUCACAGGCCUCUGGGGUUUCUGCUCUGGAGGUUUCUUGUCCAUCACUCCAGUAUGUGUCGGCAAGACAUGUGAGCCAAAAGACUACGGCCGAUAUUACGGAACCAUGAAUUUCGUCAUCAGCUUUUCUUUACUGAUUGCCAUUCCAAGCAGCGGCACAAUGAUAGACAAGAUGGGAACUCAAGCUCUUAGCGGCUUCCUGAUGGGCGUCCUAGCUCUAGGCCUGGGCUGCUUGUUUGCAUCACGCGCUGUCCUGGCAGGGAACUGGUUUGGAAUCAAGACCAGGAUUUAA